AUGGCCCUCGUUAAGGCUAUGGAGUACCAAAGUGUUUUUACAAAGGACGAUGUCAUAAACACAUUUUCAAGUAUGGGCGUAUCCAAAGGAUUUUUAAUUAUUAGCUCACCCAUAUGCCCACCAUGCAAUGCAUACAAGCAGGCACUGAACCAAGAGUAUCUUGUAAGCCCAGAGGGAUAUGCGCACAGAAACAAAUUCGUAUGUGUCACAAUGCCAGCAAACCAGCCAAACACGCCUCUUAGAGGACCAAAUGGACUUAUCACAACUCUUAAUGUGCGGGGUGUUCCUGCCACAUUCUUAGUGGAUGUUAACCAAAGGUCCUUUUCGCCUGUAACUAUAAUGGCAUACAGCAGAGAUGGAAUUAGAAAUAUGGUGGCACAGUACGAAGUAUAA